ACGAGUGACGCAGGAUUCAUCUACAUUUGUCGUUGUAAAAGACAGCUUACAGAGCACCAUGACAUCUCUACUGGAAAUGCUCGACAUCAACACAGGCCUUGCUUUAGGCGUUGCGUGUUGUCGUUGUUGUGGUGGUUUCCCGUGAGACGACCUGCAGAUGCACCUCCAGGACCUUGGCUGGCUGUACCGCUGCUGGGUCACCUGCUGCUGAUGAUGAAGAAAGAUCCUCGGGAGCAGUUCGCAGCAUGGAGACGACAGUACGGUGACGUGUUCAGUCUGUACCUGGGCAGCCAGCUGGUGGUGGUGCUCAACGGCUACAAGGUCAUCAAGGACGCGUUGGUAAAAAAUCCCAACGCCUUCUCCGACAGGCUUCAUACUUAUAUUAAUGACUUAAUAACCGACAGCAGAGGCGUUGUUGACACCUCUGGUCCUGUGUGGAAAGCCCAAAGAAAGGUUGCUAUAGAGAUUCUACGUGAGCUAGGGAUGGGCAAAAACGUCCUGGCGGCAAAGAUUGAGGAGGAGGUCAAAGAGUACAUCAGGGUCAUAUCCGAGAGCCAAGGACAGCCGCUGGAUCUGGCCCACUUGACCCAAGCUAGCGUGUCCAACAACAUGUGUUCUAUCGUCUUAGGCAAACGCUUCGAGUAUGACGACGAUGUCUUUGCAAACAACCUUAGGUUGAUAGAUGCCAUUGUUCGCGAUGCUGGGGCGGGUGCCGCAGUAUCUUACAUACCUUUUCUGCGACACCUGCCUGGAGAUUACUUUAAGGUGAACCGCUUAGUGGACAACAUGCGACUUGUGAUGCAGAAGUUUAUGAAACCUUUUGUAGACGAGCACUACCGCAGGUCUGAGGAGGGUUCAGAAGACGACUUUAUUGGCGCCUACAUCAGAGAAAUACAUCAUCAUCGCAACAGUCAGUCAGGAUCACCUUACAUCAACGGUAAAUACACACUCCGCUUGAGUUCAUAG